AUGUUCUAUUAUGAUCAAUCUAACAUUGAUAGUUUUUCAGUCAAAGAAUCAAAUUCAAAGCUUAGUAUCCCCACAAUCGAUUUAGCAGGAAUCCAUGAUGAUCCUGUUUUGAGAGAUGAAGUUGUGAGAAAAGUUCAAUAUGCUUCUGAGAAAUGGGGAUUCUUUCAAGUUACAAAUCAUGGAAUUCCAACUCAUGCUUUGGAUGAGAUGAUCAAAGGAAUUUGUAGAUUUCACCAACAAGAUGCUAAGGUGAGGAAAGAGUAUUACACUCGCGAGUUUACGAAAAAAGUUGUUUAUCUUUCCAAUUUUACUCUUUACCAAGACCCAUCUGCUGAUUGGAGAGAUACAAUUGGAUUUUUCAUGGCACCUCAUCCUCCUAAAGUUGAAGAACUACCAGCAAUUUGCAGUGAUAUUGUGAUUGAAACUCAAAAGAAAUAA